AUGAAUUGUGAUAUAAUGGAUUAUUACAUGCCUGAAAUAUAUUGGCAUGAUAAGAAACCUAUAACAUCAGUUGAUAUACUACAAGCGGGUUUUAAUCAUUCAUCAGAUCACCCUAUAUAUCGCUUAGCUACUGCUUCAAUGGAAAGCCAAGUUCGGUUGUGGAAUUUUCGUUUUGAUAAUGAUUUAUCAUCAGAUAGUAAAUCUAGUCUUGCUGUUGAAUUUAUUGCCGAUCUUGCUGGACAUAACGCUGGUGUAAAUAUUGUGAGGUUUAGUGGUGAUGGUGAAUAUAUUGCUUCUGGAGAUACUGCUGGAUAUUUAUUUCUAUGGAAACUUUCAACAGCUCCAGUACAACAAAAUCCUAUAGGUAAAAGUGAUGAUGAUUUACCACCAAACAAAGAAAACUGGGUUUUAUUCAAGCGACCUUUUUGUAUGAAUGACGAUAUAACAUAUCUUGCUUGGUCUAAGUGUUCUAGGUAUUUAGCUGUUUCUUCUAAAGCAUCCGAAUCAUUUUGUAAUGGUAUUUCUUGGGAUCCGAGAGGAAAUUUUAUAGCAACACUUUCUACUGAUAGGAAGUUAGAUAUUAUUCAACUUAAAAAUGGUUAUAAGGUGAAAUCAAUAUCUGCUGUACAAUUUCCUCCAUCAAAUUCUGAGUUAUUUUCUAUUGAUUCGAAAUGUAGAGAAAGUUUAGUUCAAGGGCGUCCUCUUAUAUUUAUACCUAAUAAUAGGCCCACUAUUAGGGUAUCGUUUUCACCUCAUUUUUAUGAAUUAAGAAAAGAUUGUAAAAUUAAUUAUUCUGGACUGCCUUACAGGUUAAUAUUUGCUAUAAUGGAUAAAGAUUCAGUUAAGUUCUAUGAUUCACAAAGUGAUAUUCCAUUUGCAUAUGUCGAUCAAAUACAUUACGAUUUUUUGUAUGAUCUUUCAUGGUCACCAAAUGGUGAAAUUGUUGUCAUUUCUUCAAAUGAAGGGUUUAAUAGUUUUAUUAAAUUUAAAAAAGGAACACUUGGUGAAGUAUUAAAAGAGACACCUGAAUUUGUAUCAAAUCCUGAGUUAUUUAUUGCCAAAGUUAGUCAAAAAAAGAAAAAAGACAAUGAUGAUAAAAAAAAACAGGAAGUCAGAACACCAAAAGGGAAGACUUCUAAAGUCAAAAAGGGUAAAUUAAGUGAUAUUGGUGUUGAAGAUGGUAAUAGGACGCAAAACAAUGAUUUCAAGAAUGUCAAAGAAUGUGUACCUCCUCCUAGCCAGACACUUUUAAAAUUUUUUCAACGAAGUAAGAUGGUUGAGAAGAAACCCAUUGGUUCUGAGGAAACAAAAGUUGAUUGUACUAACCAGGAUGUACCUAUUAUUUUACUAGCCGAUUAA